UUUUCCAGGUGGACUGAGCGAGGAAGUGGAGAGAGAUUUCUGCACUGCUGGAUUCCCAGUGCUUGAGGAGGAUUUCAGUGUUGCACUGGACCAGCUGCACGAUGCCCAUUCACAGGCAGUGGGAGCCCCGAAGAUCCCCUCCGUGUCCUGGCAGGAUGUUGGUGGGCUCCAGGAGGUGAAGAAGGAGAUCCUAGACACUAUCCAGUUGCCCCUGGAGCACCCAGAGCUGCUGUCGCUGGGUCUGUGCCGCUCUGGUCUGCUGCUGUACGGGCCUCCAGGGACAGGGAAGACCUUGCUGGCAAAAGCUGUGGCAACCACGUGCACCAUGACAUUCCUUAGCGUGAAAGGGCCAGAGCUCAUCAACAUGUACGUUGGGCAAAGCGAAGAGAACGUGCGUAACGUGUUUGCCAGAGCCAGGGCUGCUGCUCCCUGCAUUAUCUUCUUUGAUGAACUGGAUUCCCUGGCCCCCAGUCGUGGGCGGAGUGGAGAUUCAGGGGGCGUCAUGGACAGAGUUGUCUCGCAGCUCCUGGCUGAGCUUGAUGGCCUUCAUUCCACUGGAGAGGUGUUUGUCAUUGGAGCUACAAACAGGCCUGACCUCCUGGACCCAGCUCUGCUCCGGCCAGGCAGGUUUGACAAGCUGGUCUAUGUGGGCAUAAACGAAGACCGGGAGUCACAGCUGCAGGUGCUGAGCGCCGUCACCAGGAAGUUUAAACUGGAUCCUUCCGUGAAUCUCACCACCAUCUUAGAAAAAUGCCCAGCUCAGCUGACAGGAGCAGACAUCUACGCCCUGUGCUCGGAUGCCAUGAUGUGUGCUGUCAAACGCAAGGUGGAGUGGAUUGAGGAAGGGCUGGAUACUGAGAGCUCUGCUCUGAUCCUGACCAUGGAAGACUUCCUGCAGGCUGCUGCGAGGUUGCAGCCAUCGGUCUCUGAGCAGGAACUGCUCAGGUACAGACUCAUCCAGCAGAAGUUUGCUGCCUGCUAAUGCUCAGCAGCGCAUUAAUGAUGUGUUAAGGGGUGUGAGAGAACAGGCACGAACAGGCACCCACCUGCUCUUCUCUGAUGUCUCCUGGGUCCUUGUCUUUCGAGCUUGG